AUGGACGAGCAUGCUUUGGACGAGGACGCUUUGAUCAUACCCGAAGGUCCCGUUACGCGGUCCAAGACAAGGAAGCUUGCCGGAGCUGUUCAGAAGUUACUUAAUGACGUUCGGAUCAAGGAAGAAGAUCAGCUUAUGCACAAUGUCGUUACCUCAAUUUCGGCUACGAUAUUUUCUUGA